UUCUACAGGCUUUACCAGUGCAGCUGACUGAAGAACCAUACAAUGACAUCUGCUUUGAAUCCAAAUUACUUACUUUCACGGUUACUGAAAAGGUUCUGAAACCAGGCAUGAUACUUGGAAAAGUGGACCACUCCGAUUGCACUGACAUCAUGAUAACUGGUUCCAUCUCUAAUGAUUUCACUUUCAUGGCUAAACAGGACGGGAUAUUAAGGGUAACAUCUGAAGUCGUUCUUCAUGAGGGCCAUCGGGACUUCUCUAUCUACUCGUUGGGUUCAGAGGCUCAGUGGAUCAUUACUUUAGCCAGGGUGGUGUAUGAUGGCCAUAAUCACAAUAUGACCACUGAGGUGGACGCUACCAAAGAACCGGAUACAGGAUAUCCGCAGGUUCCCAUCCUGGAUUUCCCCAAAUCUAAUGGAGGGCUGAAGAGGAGGAAGAGACACUGGGCUAUGCCUCCAAUAAGUGUUUCUGAGAAUCAGAGAGGACCAUAUCCCAUGCAUCUUGUUCAGAUACGCUCUAAUGUAGAUAAGUCAAAGACGAUCCAUUACAGCAUCACUGGUCCCGGAGCAGAUCAGCCUCCCAAUAAUCUUUUCACCAUGGACAGGGAGACUGGUAAUCUGUAUGUCACACAGAAACUGGACAGAGAGGAACAGGCGGAAUACAAGAUCUGGGCUCAUGCUGUGGCAAAGGGAAGUUCUGGAAAUGCAGAAGAUCCUAUGGAAAUGAUAAUCAAAGUGAUCGACCAGAAUGACAACAGACCAAUUUUUAAUCAGACUACCUACAUGGCAGAAGUACCUGAAAACUCACCAAGAGGUUUUGACGUUAUUCAGGUUUUCGCCACAGACGCCGAUGAGCCUAAUAAUGACAACUCUGAUAUCCGCUACGGUAUUAUGGAACAGGUGCCAGAAGAACCAUCGCCUGACAUGUUUACUAUCAACUCUGUUACUGGAGCCAUCAGAGUUAAUGCUGCUAAGCUGGACAGAGAGAUGUACCCUGAGUACACACUGAAAGUAAGCGCCACCGACCAAAAAGGAAAAUACCAUACUGGCAUCGGCAAAGUGAUUAUCAAGGUGACGGACAGCAACGAUCAUGCUCCAGUUUUUACCGAGGCAUCUUACACAGCAACAGUUGACGAGAAUAAAGUAGAUGCUGAAGUUGUUCGGAUGUUGGUGACAGACGGUGAUGAGCCACGUUCUUCCGCCUGGAAUGCAAAGUUCACAAUCGUUGAUGGAGAUCCUGGGAAUCUUUUUACCGUGAAAACAGGAAGUAACAAACAAGAAGGAAUCAUUACUACUGCAAAGGGUCUGGAGUUUGAGAAAGCCAGUAAGCACACUCUACUGGUUGCAGUGGAGAAUGAGAUUCCUUUUGCUACUGCAUUGCCCACUUCCACUGCCACAGUGGUGGUGACUGUGAGAGACGUCAAUGAUCCCCUGAUACUUCAAUCAAACCUAAAAACGUAAAUCUAAAUCCAGUCUCUCACUUUGUGUCAU